UAAAGCGUUAUUGUAAUGUGCUACAUAUUAGAUUAUCAAUUAGCAUGUUUCGAGCUAACAUGUUGUAGCUCAUAGACAAAAAUUAUAAUUAGCAUUUUCAUUACGAUGCAACAUGCAUAAUCUAACGAAAGAAGUGGAGUUCAGCUGAACGCGAGAGAAAUGGAAACAUUAAAAAUUCGUGCACUCGUGGUGAAAAUGAGCGUUAACAUAAGUAAGCGAUGAAUUUUUAAUAAGCUUCGCUGCUUGUAAAUCCGUUAUAUAUUACUGUAGGACAGAGGACAAUUCAAACGGACUCAACAUUCAGUGUACGCUACACAUCAGAAGAAUUCAGGAUGAAAAAAAUUAAGCAUGUUUUACCAAUUUGUUACAAAAUUCUGGUGGACUAUUGCAGCAACUGUUCGCUGAUGGGACUUGGAUAUAUUGCAAACAAAAAGUAUCACUACACAGAAAGACUAUUUUGGCUCGGAUGUGUGAUGCUUUCAUGGACUGGAUCCUACUAUCUGAUCUUAUCCUACAUGGAAACGUUUCAUAACAACGCGGUCAGUAUGGUCAUUGAGAAUGUUCACGCAAGGGAAAAGAUAAAUUUCCCUUCGAUGGGAAUAUGCGAGAUGGGUUACGCCAAGGAAACCUAUGGGAAUCUGGAGGCUGUCAUUGAAGGAUUCAAAACCAACGAAGAUAUGGAGUACAAUUAUGAUGUGGAAGAUUUCAUGCUGAGAAUCAUCUUUCACAACCUAUACAACUACGGCUCAAUUAUGUCCUACUGUGCUCCCUACACGGAUUGCGACGAUUGCAUCAAGUGCCCGGAAUCGAAUUACAAUCGGUAUGCAGCCAGAGUGCGAGCCGCUUGCAAUGAACUGCUGAAGGAAUGCUCCUGGAACGGUGUUAAGUUUGAUUGUUGCCAAUAUUUCAAGGUUAUUCAGACUUCGAUGGGGUCAUGCUAUUUGUUGAAUUCGAUCCAGUUGGCGAAAAAAGGAGGAAACAAUUGGCUUAGUAUGGAAGUUGGUCGCGGUACAGCUCAAGGCGAAUUAUUGGUGAACAUGACAAAAGCUACUUCCGCCUACAUUCUUAAUGAGGAAGACAUUCCACACAUGCUACUAACUACUCUCCAGUUUACACAAAUUCCAGAAGGGUAUUCUGGUACAAUAUAUCUCACACUUCAGAAUAUUGUUAACGAUCCUCUAGUUCGUACCGUCGACCCACAAAUCCGACGAUGCCUCUUCCCUGACGAAAACAGUAACUCUAAUUAUCGCUACUACAGUUACAGUGUUUGUGUAACAGAGUGCUUGAAGAUGGCUCAGAUUAAAAUAUGUAACUGCUGUCAUCACAAUAUGAUCAUUGACGAUAAAGACAAAAGUCCCAUCUGUGGUUACGAUGGCCUUUUUUGUUUGGACCAAAAGGAUUUGAUGUUCCCGCAGACGACAAUCAUGCAACCUUGGCGUACAAAUGGACUGGUCUGCCAGUGUUUACCGUCCUGUACGGAACACGAAAUACGCGUCAUUGGCAAGGAGUCAGAGAUGGAGAAUCGUGAUGGCCGCUCGGUGCUGUUCAAACUGAUUGCACUGCCAUCGCAACGCUAUCGAAGACAGAUUGUAAGGGAAAACCUCGACGUGGUGGUUUCUGUCGGUGGAAUAUUAGGCCUGUUUAUGGGAGCUAGCAUUUUGAGUCUGGUUGAGUUGGUCUACUUUUUCACAAUUAGAUUUUUUGCAACUGACUAUCAAAACAAACAUGAAAAUGAUGUUGACGAAGAUGACGAAUAUGGCGAGGAAAAUGAUGAAAAUUGAAGUCAUAGUUCGAUUUCCGGAAACCUUAAAAAAGUGCUUUAUGCUUAACAAUUAGCUUAAAAUGCUUAUGCUCAUUGCUCAUGCUUCCAUCUCCUCGAUAUUUGGGCUUAUUCCACGAGUGGAGUGACUUGAGAUUGCUCGAAUGACGUGAGAAGAGUCGUAUGGCCCCAUUUUAAUAACAUGGUCACCUCACGUGAGAAUUGCUAAAAUCGACUCACCUCACGUCACUCGACUCGCAGAAUAAGCCCAAUUUCCUCUUGGAUUUUUUUUUCAACCGAUUUGCCGUGGUAAGGUGAUAAAAUUGCAAUGCUAACUAGCUAAGCGGUUAUUUAAUGAUUAGGCGAGGUAGCCUUGAAAAACUGAAAUCGAAAUGAAUGGAAAUAAUGCAAUUGUUUUGCACAUUUAUAAAAGAAAUUGAAUAUUUCGUGCUGCUUUAACUCUAAUUUCUUUGUCGGUAGGUAAAACUUUCAAACUUUGAAUGAAACAUAUUAAUUUCAGUCGUUCCUAUAGCUUUUGCAUUCUUGACUCAUUAAAUGAUAGUAUAAGAUACAAAAAAUCUACAAAACUAACAUCGCCUUCAAAAUAUGAAAUUAUUCCUAGAAUUACUGAACACUUAACAUGAUUCAAUAAAAAAAAAAUAUUCCGACAUUCUUCGUACAACACCAUGAACAUCAAAACUGUAAAAAAAAAGAUGAUUAUA